AUGCCCAACUUCCAGGAAGGACAGAGAGUCAACUACAAGCCCGUGGGAGGUCCCAACUCUAAUACCAGUUCCAGUAUCGGCAUCAUCCGCGAGGUUGCCACCAAGCCGACGGCGCUUACUGGUCGCAGUGUGACGGCUUCGGAUGAAGAACCGCGUUACCAGAUCGAGAACUUGAAGACUCACAAGCAUUCGGCGGUUAAGGAGGCUAAUAUUAUUGGGCCUGCGGAAUGA